AAGCCAGUCACAUCCAAGAACAUAGACGUGAAAACCUCUUUUCUUGUAGUCUUGUCAGGUUUUCUCUCUUUUAACUAGAACACGUACGCAAGAGUGUUAGUUUAGUGCAAUAGACGAAAAAUGGGUCUGGACUGCUGCUGCAAAUUCCUCAAAUGCAUCGUUUUUCUCAUCAACAUUCUAAUAACUUUUGUAGGAAUCGCAGUGUUGGCUCUUGCAGCGUUGGCGCUUAUUAACAGCAACGGUUUAGAUCCCACAAAGGACGAUUACACCAUGUUGUUCAAGAUUUGUGUUACCGUCAUCGUCAUGGGCAGCUUACUGACAAUCGUUGGUUUCAUCGGGUGUUGCGGGGCCGCUUUCGAGAAUCAAUGUCUUCUAGGAACAUUCGUCUGUUUGAUGAUCGCUGCCUUGGCAUUGGAUGUAGCAGCAGCCAUCGUAGUUGAUAGUCACACCACAGCGAUCAUCACCGAGAGCGAAGGCGUCGUCAAAAGCUUUUUUUCGGAUCUGGCUGCAAACAAGGAGAGAGCCGACUUGUUUCAACUGAGUUUUAAGUGCUGUGGUGUUGAAAGCUAUAGGGACUGGACAAAGGCAAAAUUAAGUAUUCCAGUCUCUUGCUGUAAAUCUGAAGACAACAAUUGCAAUUCCGCGGCUCCUAUUUUAGGGGUUUUAACUUCACCAGACUUGUUUGCAGAGGGCUGCGUUUCGGUCAUGAAAACAAGGAUAUCGACUAUCCUUGAAAAUUCACCAACAGUGCUAGCCAUUGUCGGAAUCAUAGAAGCAUUUGCUAUGAUCACUUCUCUAGGUCUCUGCUGCCAUAUUAGAAAAGCUGGUUAUUAAUUUUGAAAAUUAAGCAUAGUUGAUUUGUUUUUUUUUUUAAGUUACCUGUAUCGUAUGCAUACCAUUAUCACAUUCCUGUCAAUCCGACAUUUCGUAAUGCAAAAUUAUGAUUCCAUCGUAAUAAAUGUUAAUUUUUUUUUCGUUUUCUAAUUCUGUAACUCAAACACUGGCAGAACUCAAGUUGAUUUUUCACUUGUAAUCAAGUGAUUAAUGGCAUAUUUCCUGUAGAUAUAAAAGUACUAUUAAAUUGCAUAGGUUGUUAACUUGUUUGUCAAAGACGUUAGAAAUUAUUUUCCGGUAUUUGAAAUGACACCGCACGCAGUACAAAUGCGGUUGUAUCGCAUGGGAGUGUCAUAUCCUUGUUCGAUACUUUGUGCUUGCGGUGGAAAUCCCACCAAUAAAUCCGGCUUUUUGUUAUCGAAUACACAAGAAAAAUGA